UCAUCUUGUGUUACUGUAGUGUAGCGUAGGUGUUAGUUUAAGAUCGUUCAGUUUAUUCGUUUAGGGAUGGUUUCGUUUAGGUAUAAUGUUAGAAAUGGUUAAGUUAAGGUAUUAAGUUAGGAAUGGUUUAGUUUAGAUAUUAUGUUAGAAAUGGUUAUGGUCAGGUAGCGAUGGUUCAUUUAGGUUUAGGGUGAUAGUUAGUUUUGGUUAGAGAUGGUUUUGUCAAGCUGUCAGAGAUGGUAAGGGUUUAGGGUUUAGGUAAGAGAUAACAUUGGUUAGGUUUAUGGGUUACCUACCCCAUAUAUGGUCCGACAACGGUUUAGUUCCUUCAUUGCCCACAACGUAGUGGGUUUCCUCAGACCUAUGUUCCAGGACCGGAGCCAUCGUCGUUGGAGCAGUAAAGGGUGAGGCAUGGCCCGGAGAUCGUGAAUAGCCACUCCUCUGGCGCCCUCCCCUGCUCCGACCAUGUGCUCCCUCAUCCCUCAUUGUUGGAAAGGAGGCAGAAUUCUCCAUGGCAACAGCAGAGAGUUGGACUUUAAGCCUCCUGAGCUUCCAGCGUUUCUUUACUUUCUCAUAAGAAGGCUGCCCACAACAAACCCUCCCUCCUCUCUUCUCCCCCGAGGAACAGAGGCGCCUGCUCUGGUCGGCAACAACGACAACGACUACGUGGACUCCUCUCCUGUACCUCCGGUUCUCCCCCAGGCCCCGCGGAGGUGCAGCGUCUCCCCAGCGAGGGGAGCUGUGGUGCAGGCCAAGGUCAGACGGUGUCCGGGCUACAGGGGGACCUGGGCGUUGGAGGCCAGCGACCAGGAGAGAGGAGGAGAAAUGAGACCCGCCAGGAGGGAAGCGAUCCACGUGCUGUUGCUGGUGGUCUGUCUGCUAGAGACGGCGCCGGGGGUCGAAGGUGAAGAGCGUGGUUAUCUGCAGGAGGCUCUGGGCACCUUGGGUCUGUCGGACCCCGGGGGAGGACCUCCUCAGCUCCAGAAGGCCCAGCUCGGCGUGCUCUCCGGCAGGGCGCUACGGGCCGUGCACUGCGGGGAACUGAUGGGUGGCGCCCAGGACGGCUGCGACCAGUGCCUGAGGCCUGCCGUGGUCCUCUCCGCCCUGGAGGACGACGGGGAGGUGUACAUCGGGGAGGAGAACUACGCCCGCGUCGCCACGGUGACACUCUAUUACAUCAUCCACAUGGCCGACCUGUGCGUCUCCAACACCGCGUCCUCCUCGUCCUCACUCUCCGCCGCACCUCCCCCAGACUUCUCCUUCUACGUCCUGGCCCUCGCCAACCUGAGCCCUGAUCAGGAGGACCCGCACCUCCUGUCCACCGCGGAGGUCCGCAGCAUCCUCAAGGUCAUCAACCAGAACUACCAACCAGCUUCUCCUCGCACACAGUGUGUUGACGCCGGUCACCUGAUGGAAGAGGCUGGAGGAAAGGAGGAGGUCUUGGGUCUCGCUUCCUCUUCCUCGGUGUCCCGGCUGGCGGCCGCCAUCUUGACCCACCUACUGCUGGGCGACUGUUUCAGCCGGACAGACCUCCCGCCGCCUGCCUUCUUCACCGACUACAUCUUCCAGGCUCUCAACUGCACCACGGACCUCCACCUUGUGGAAUUGGAGGACCUGCUUCACCAACUAGGAGUGGGAGGAGGAGGAGCUAACCACACCAAUGCUAGAAAGAGUCGGGGCCUAACAGGCUCCUCCCAGGAAAAGGCGGGGCCUCACCAUGAAGAAUUCAGCCAUCAGACUAUAACCGCUGCAGACUGGACAGCGUCAUGCUUUUCGGCCUAUCAGCUGGUGGAUAUUUUUGCCAUGGAUUCUCGUUCGCCGAUCUCAAAAGACAGCUUCAGCCAUAUAUGUCCGGCCAUCAUCCAGCAGUUGCUAGGAAACGCCUGUCAGUCUUCAGAGCAUGCGUCCAGAGCAGCUCCGCCCACUGCCAUGGAGAAGUAUGGCUACAGUACCGCGGCCGUUCUGCUCAUCACGCUGGGCUCCAUGUUUGGUAUCUGCCUGAUCUCCUUCAGCUCCUGCCAGCAGACCUACCAGCUACUGCUGCAGCUGUUUGUAGGCCUAGCUGUGGGCACGCUGUCUGGGGACGCCCUGCUGCACCUCAUCCCACAGGUCCUUGGAGUGCAUGGUGGUCACGGUCAUGGAGCUGAGGAGGGGAAGGAGUACCUCUGGAAAGUUCUGGGGGUCAUCGCUGGAAUCUAUGGUUUCUUCCUGCUGGAGAAACUCUUCUCCGUCCUGGUUCCAUCUCACGGACAUGGCCAUUCACACGACAGGCCUCUGGAGCUGAACUGCAACGAGCAAUCAGAGAGGGACAAGUCCAUCUCCACCAUGCAGCUGGGAACUGUAGAAGAAAGUACAGACACCACCGAACAAACAGAGCCAAGCAGGCUGCCUCCUCAAAGGCGCCCGGUGCCGCUGCUUGCCGUCAUGGUCGUCGUGGGCGACAGCCUUCAUAACUUUGCCGAUGGUCUGGUCGUCGGCGCCGCCUUCUCCUCCUCCGCCGAGAGCGGCAUGGCAACCACCGUGGCCAUCCUCUGCCAUGAAAUCCCCCACGAGAUGGGAGACUUUGCGGUGCUGCUGAACGCCGGGCUGUCGGUGAAGACGGCGGUGCUGAUGAACUUCCUGAGCGCCCUCACUGCCUUCCUGGGCCUCUACAUCGGCCUGUUCGUCUCCACGGAGACCACGGUGCAGCAUUGGAUCUUCAGCGUCACCGCCGGCAUCUUCCUCUACCUCUCGCUGGUGGAGAUGCUUCCUGAGAUGAACCGGGCAAGGAGCGAGCGCCCAGGGCUCCAGUUCCUCAUGCAGAACGCAGGACUCCUGUUGGGCUGGGGCUGCCUGCUCCUCCUGGCCCUGUACGAACACCAGCUCUCCUUCUAACACACACACACACACACACACACACACACACACACACACACACACACACACACACACACACACACACACACACACACACACACACACACACACACACACACACACACACACACACACACACACACACAGUUUAUCAGGUCAAAUUAAAGAAGGACACAAACAUUGCGUCCUCUGUUCAAUGGACACAUCGUUUGACUGCAAGGACAUUGUCCUUGCACACACACACACACACACACACACACACACACACACACACACACACACACACACACACACACACACACACACACACACACACACACACACACACACAUACUGUCUAACACACACACACUCAACGUUUCUCCUUCCUACAAAUACACCUACACACAUCAGAACAUGUAAACAGAAUAUGCAGAACUAAACAAAUGUUGGGAUAAUCUAAAAAAAGGAUUUUUGCUUUUCUAAAUUUAGUUUCUUAUUUUGUGGCUACCGAAACCAGUAGAUAGAUCUAGAAUGAUAUUUUACAUCUCUAUCUAUUUAUAUAUGUUGGGUUGCAGUUUUAUGAAGUGCCUCAGAUACAUGGAAGAAUAUUGGAUCCAUAUGUUUGCCAGUUUGUUCUGAGAAUCAAUUAAAUGUGUAUUUUCAACAGUU